AUGGACUCUGCCGGCGACGCGCAAGCGCUGUGCGCCCAGUUGGAGCUGAGCCGGGAGGCUUUCGAGGCUGAUGAAGCGGCGCGGGCAGAGGCCCUCAUGCGCGAGGUGGGGCUCCUGGAUGAACCAGACUUGUCGGAGCCCGUGCCCGAAGUGAAUGCGGCGGAGUCCGACCUCGUGAAGCAGGCGGAGCGCUUCCUCCUGCCCUUUGUUACAGAUGCCAGCAUGCCCAGUCAGACGAGCACAACUUCUCCGAAUCCUUCGCACGUGGCAGCUCCUGGCCAACUGCCAGCACCACUGCUGGACGCGGCGCCACCACCGCAGUCGCCAAGCUCUCCUUUGAUAGACGGAGACGGAGAGGGAGAGCUACCACCGCUGUCGCCACGGCGGGAGCCGCCGGGCCCGGCGGGCCGAGAAGAGGCCGCUGGCCAGGAAUCGCUCACCUUCGACGUCGCAAGCGAGCUCAGAAGGGCGCCUCCGCAUGGUGAGCCACGUUGUGCCGCGGCGGCGGCGAUCCCGCCGCAAGAGGAGUCUGAGUCCGGGGAUGGCCGUUCGCCAUCACUGGAGCUACGGUCGCCGCCGAAGGCUAAGCGGGUUCAGCCCAAGGCCAAGACGCAGAUUCUUCAUCCUUCGGAGGAUGAGGACGCAGCUCUCUUGCUCCUGCCCCCUGCAGAGCGCAAGCGGAGGCGGAUCGAAUUGCUGACGCAGGCUGAAGACGAGGCGUUGAUCAAGCGACAACUUCUUGAGAAGAUGGCAUGCUUGGCGCAGGCCGCUCAUGGUGAAGUGCCAGAAGAGCACCUGGAAAUGCCAUUUGCUGGACCUGACGUUCAAUGGGACGAGGAGCCAUCUCAUACCACAACCGAUGGUGCAGCCGUUACAGACCUCGUGGACAGCAUCGAGCAAGAGGAACCGAGGGCCAGGGAAGACGAGCAAAGCCGGCAGCUCUCCGAACUGAAGGCGAAACUGCGCGGCCUGAAGCAACACCUUGAGGCGGACAAAGACUAUCUGCCGAAGCUUGCGUUCAACAUCCACAAGAAGGUGCUGAGUCGAGGAUCGCCGGACAAAGUUUCGUACCCGGUCCUGCAGGUGUUCAGCCGAGCCUUCUGUAGCCCCGAGCUGGAGGAAGGCGGGCGCCGCCUGGUUUUUUUUGCGUUCAACGAGCUCUGCCGGCCUUUGCAUAAAGACCCGCAGAACACUCGCAGCAAGUACGUCCGCCACGCCGCCUGGCAGUUCAUGAAGGCCGUGACGACGGUCGAAAUGAAUGACAGAGAGAGGGAUUUCUACGUGCGCUUCUGCCGGAAGCACUCCCGCAGCUCGAAUGACGCCUCUUGGAUCUAUCGUGCUGCCGGCUCGUCCCUCACCAAAGCGAAGGACGAUUGGGAUGAGCUGAUGUCGAAGUGGGAGUUUGCGAUGAGGGGGCGCCAGACCGUGAGCACGACGAUCGCCAGCCCCGAUGAUGAGCUCGAUGCGCUCUUGAAACGCGUGGACGGCGUGGAGCGACGUAUGAUCCGGGGCCCACCCUCCGACCGGCUGGAGGGUAUCGCCUCUGCACUGUCCCACGCGCCUGCUCGGGCCGCGAAGGUGCAAGGCCUCGCCUUCCUGAGUGUCCACGUGAUGCAGCCGUUCAUGACAUCGCCUGGCAUGGAAGAGUUUCAGCAUGGUCUCGGUGUGUUCCUGGGCUACGACGGCCAGGAAGAUGUUUUGUCAGGGCCAGUGGCCGAAAACUGGGACGAGGCCUGUGUGACAAUGGCGUACCGGAAAGGAAGUGGCGUCAGUGCGAAGGCCGUUACCUUCCCGGCUUGCCGCGGUUCGGCCUUUAUCACAGCAGAGUUCCGCUCCGUGCGGCCUGUGGUCUCUUCGGAUCUGAUGCUUGCGGAGCCCAAGAAGCUUCUCGUAGACGGCAAGCAGGUGGACUGCAGCGACUUCGUGCACGGAAAGGAGAUAGAGUUCACCCUCAGCACCGGCGAUUCAUGGCUUGUCGUCUUCCCACCCGGGAUGGGAUGGGUCUGCAAGGCCUGGCCUUUCCGGCUGCUAGCUGCAAAGCCGACGCCGCCGAAAGGUGCGGCGGUCCAGCUCGCCAUGCUGAAGGGCAAAAACCCAGGCUUGGACGUGCAGCGCUGGCAUUCCUUGGUUCGCCAGCACGCGGGUGCAUACCCAGUCGCCUCGGGCGUCAACUUCAAGGUCGGUCUGAACGCAGAUGACGCAGAGGUCAGUUUCAACUGGGCUGGCUACGUGCGCACCGUGCCUGGUUACCUCGAGAAGGAGCUUCGCUUCUCCGAGAUGGCCGAGCUAAUCAGCGACUUCUCAUCUCCAGUUUGGACCGCUACAGCAGAGAAUAUUGCAUCCUCGAUGCUUCACGAACAGCGCCUGAAGGCAGGCUUCCCCAACGGUCUCCACGACGUGCAGCCGAACUCGGCACUGCAGCUUGGAGACGAGACCAAUCUCACAGAUGAGGAGGCGAUAGACAGGGUGGUCCGCCAUGGCGUGCUUUCUCAGAGGCAACGCCAGGCGCUGGCCCGGGAGCACUUGACCGUGCAGCGUGCUAUAGCCAAGGUCCUUCACUUGGACUACGCGGGAGGUCAUGGUGGCUCUUUUGCCCAGAAUCAUCAAGUGCACCGCCAUGGCCACCGCCGACACAAGCGAGGCAAGGCCUCCCACACUCCGCCGGAGGAUGCGCCCUCCGACGCAGGCGAAUGCCUUGCCCAGGUGGGAACCGGCCUAGACAAGGACGAGUUGAAAGCAGUGUUGCAGAAGAAGGAGACGACGGCGAACAUAGGAUUGGACGUUGUGAAUAAGAUGGAGAAGACCCUGAAGCAGACUGUCACCGAAGGGGUGACAAAUGCUUCGCAGGCUCUUUACAACUUCGUGACCAAGCGGCUGGUCUGGACGAUUGCCGUGAAGGCCUUCCCGAUUCCCUGGGCAUGGCCGAGCAUUCUCUUCGGCUGUGGGCCGCUGUAUCAGUGCACGAAGGAGCUCCUCGUGAUCGUUGAGCCCCUGCGCCAGCUGAUCUGGAAAACAGUCGCGGCCAUGGCGAAGCUGGUGAAUUGGAUGCUUGACACUUUCUCGAGCUACUUCGGCGGCGAGAAGAAGCAGGUGGCUGAACCAAAUGCCGACCUGGAGCCCAACCUGCACCAUCUCUUCAGUGAUGCAGAGAUUCUCGGGCUGGACUGCAUCAAGUGUUCCGCGAGACUUGCUGCUGGUAUCACCGUCGAUGCGAUUCCUCCCUUAGCCGUCUCAGUUCUGACCAACUCCGCGACGAUCACGGAGAUUGUUGGCUCAGAGAACAACGUGGUGAAGCAGUGCUACGGCACAUGCUUGAAAAAACAAAUGCAGGUCCUGAACCGCAUCAUCACCGGAGGAGGCAAUGCGGACACGGACCAGUACUUCAAGCGCGGCAACUGCAACCAGCAUGCGGUCGGCAUGUGCCUGGUACUGGAGAAGACACGGGAGUGCAAGAUGGAGAUCAUGGCCGACGGCAAGCUCAGAACGGAGGCAACCUUCCAGGAGGGUGCGGACGCGCAGCGCAACGUCUGCAACGCUCUGAAGGGCGUUCACCUUCACCUCAUCCGAGACGAAGAGAGGGGCAUCAUCUGCCCUGAAAACAAGCACAAAGGGAGCAGGAUGGACUUGGGCCAUGCCUGCCACAAAGUGAUGGACGAGCUCAUACUCUACAACGAGAUGUGCGAAUCCCACGAAGAGGAGCAGGGCUGGACCGCUUGGGCCAUGUCCGUAGGCACAGUCGCGCAGUACAAGGACGAGAAGCCGAUCAAUUCCUGGGAUGAUGCAAAGCACAAGUGCCUGGAGCUUUUCGGCUGCACAUCCCUGUUGAACAAGCCCGACAGGCCAGAUGUGGAGAGAGGUCUGGAAGCUUUCAAAAACGUUCUCCGAGAGAUAUUAGACAGUGCUCCGAGAGACUUCGAAAGGGAUCAGAUCAUGAAAACCGUGGACGAGUGGAGGUCCAAGUCCAUGGCCGGAGCGGACGCCUUCGAGAUCGUAGCACAGGAGUGGGUCGCGCACGAGGCCGAAGAAGAGCGCAUGGCCUGGGUGCGCGACGACGAGAAGCUCAAAAAGAUCUUCGAGCAAGACAUUUGGAGGGACCAUUGCUUCGCAUUUGGCAAGCCCAUGACCACCGAGUUCGACAGCUUGUACAAGAACUACGCAAAGCCAGACAUGGCCUUCUUCGACGCCCUUACGCGGGAGAUGGGCCUCACAGAUGCCGUUCUGCAGCUGCUGUGGCCUGUCCAUGUGCCACUGCUGGAUGAGGAGGUGCGGGAUGCCUUAGACUCGGCGACCCAGACGCCUUUCCGCGACUUGCGUGGCUUGCCGAAGCCGUUAGUGGUCAGAAAGCCAGUGGUCCUGCACUUCGAGCUCUACCCAUUGAACCCUGCGACAGAGUUCGGCGGGCGGCAUCCCUUGCCGACCAGCGGGAUUCUUCGAGAGGCUUUGGAAGAGGCGCUCAUGGGAGGAGGUGAGCGCAUGGCUGGAUCAAAGUUCGACGGCGAGAAGCCGGACAGCGAGUUCGAGCUCCCUGAGAACGUGAAACUCGGAGUCGGCGACACCUACUUCAGUGGCAAGCUCGCUGCCCGCAUGGCGCGGCUUGUGACUAUUGCCGCGGAGAUGGGGAAGUCCGACGAGGAUUUUGUGAAGAGGAUGUUGGACGACCUGCAGACGACCUGCGAGGCGUGGCUGACAAAGAGCGGCAGCACCCCCUUUAUUUACGAUCGCUCCUGGGGAGGCUUGGUCUCCUGUGGAUGCACUUACGACGACUGUUGGAACAGCUGCGCUCCGCACUGCUCCAACGAUGCAUCGAAGCCUUCGACGUGCCCGGCGCUGCGUAACGUAGGCUACAACUUCGGAAACGGCUACUACAACGACCACCACUUCCACUACGGCUAUUGGAUUUACACCACAGCGGUGCUGGCAAAGUUCCGGCCCGAGUGGGAGAAGAAGUGGAGGGAACCUGUGCUGGCCCUGAUCAGGGACUAUGCCAACCCCUCCUCUGCAGACAAGAAGUUCCCCGUCGUGCGGCACAAGGACAUCUCGGACUGGUUCCUGUGCUUCUCCUGGGCCGGCGGAAUCAAGUUCGAACCACUUGGAAGGAACCAGGAGAGUGUUAGCGAGGCGAUCAACAGCCCCGGGCUUAGCAAGACCUUUUGCCCCAACAUGGCCAAUGACAAAAUGUUGAAUCUUGAGCACGGCGGGGUCGUGACAUGCAACGGCCUUUAG